AGCAGGAUCUCUGCGCGGUUUUUUUUUUUUUUGGGAAAAUGAUCAUUUCUGCCCUGUGUGGAGACAGAGAGGAGUAACAGCCGUGGAUCUUGGACUUGCUCAGCUGCCCAUUUUAACCAAAAGGGGGAUGAAUUAUCAAGCUUUUAAUCGCUACGGAAACUAAAGUGGUCAAUGCCAACGAUUCCUCCGAGGGCGAUGGGUUGGUGUGCAGGUGAGCCAACGUGAGAGUCCGCUUCAGGAACCGCGUCGGUCCGGUGGCACAUGGGAACCGUGUGUCACCCCAAGCCUCAUCCGCAUUUUUUUUAAAUAUCAGUUUUAAAAGACGGACUCCGGAGCGCAGACAGACAUGUCUAGAGACAGCAUGACGGAUGUACGAGGAGCCCAUUCACACAGUGCUUCACCUAAGGAGAAUGGACACACCGUGGCGAGCCCCGUUCAACCCAACUUUCCCCCUCCCUCAGCGGGGAACGUACCCGAAGACACCCCGGUGUCCUCCACAAGCGAGCUGACCCAGACCUGGGUGCACCUCGCCAAAACGUUUGUUCUCAUUUUCCCCAUUUACGCGCUGGGAUAUUUUGAGUUCAGCUUCAGCUGGCUGCUGAUCGGACUUGUUAUCGUUUUCUGGUGGAGGAGAAACACAGGAGGGAAGCACAGCCGCCUGAACAGAGCUCUGGCUUUCUUUGAGCAAGAGGAGAGAAGUGUCAAGCAGAGUCUGACCACCUCUGAUUUACCACCAUGGGUUCACUUCCCAGACGUGGAGCGAGUGGAGUGGCUAAACAAGACAGUGAAGCAGAUGUGGCCCUAUAUCUGCCAGUUUGUGGACAAACUCUUCCACGAGACGAUCGAGCCGGCUGUGAAGGAGUCCAACUCCCACCUCAGCACCUUCUGCUUCAGCAAGAUCGACAUAGGAGACAAACCCCUCAGGGUCAACGGGGUCAAGGUCUAUACAGAAAAUGUGGAUAAGCGACAAAUCAUCAUGGACCUACAGAUCAGCUUUGUUGGUAACACCGAGAUUGACGUGGACAUCAAACGCUACUACUGCAAAGCUGGCAUUAAGAGCAUCCAGAUACACGGCGUGUUGAGAGUGGUGAUGGAGCCACUGCUGGGUGACAUGCCUCUUGUCGGAGCUCUGUCUGUGUUCUUCCUCAAGAAACCACUUCUGGACAUAAACUGGACUGGCCUCACCAAUAUACUUGACAUUCCUGGUCUCAAUGGCUUCUCUGACAGUCUGAUUCAAGACAUUAUCUACAGCUACCUGGUUUUACCCAAUCGCAUCACCAUCCCUCUGGUCGGGGAUGUGGAACUGGCCAUGCUGCGCUUCCCCAUGCCAAAGGGAGUCCUGAGGAUUCACUUCUUAGAGGCUCAGGAUCUGGAAGGAAAGGAUACAUUUCUGGGAGGGCUGAUCAAGGGCAAGUCCGACCCCUACGGCAUCCUGCAGAUCGGCAACCAGCUGUUCCAGAGCAAGACGAUCAAGGAGAGCCUCCAUCCCAAAUGGAACGAAGUUUACGAGGCGUUGGUGUACGAGCACUCGGGUCAACACCUUGAGAUUGAGCUGUUUGACGAGGAUCCGGACAAGGAUGAUUUCCUUGGAAGCCUGAUGAUCGAUAUGACAGAGCUGCACAAAGAACAGAAAGUUGACGAGUGGUUCAACCUGGAGGAAACUUCUACUGGGAAACUCCACUUAAAAAUGGAGUGGCUAGCUCUGCUCUCCACUCCGGAGAGAUUGGACCAGGUGCUGCGAAGUGUGCGUGCAGACAGAAGCCUGGCCAAUGAUGGGCUAUCAUCAGCACUGCUUGUGGUCUAUCUGGACUCAGCAAAGAACCUGCCAAGCAACCUGUCAGAUUUCACCUAUGAUGGGUUGAAGCAAGUCUCAGUCUUUAAGGCCCUGAAGUCUGCAAAGAAGACCAGCAGCGAACCCAGUCCUUAUGUUCAAAUGACCGUUGGACACAAAACACUUGAGAGUAAGAUCCGCUUCAAGACCAAGGAGCCUCUGUGGGAAGAUUGCUACUCAUUCCUCGUUCACAAUCCCAGGAGGCAGGAGCUCGAAGUGCAGGUAAAAGAUGACAAGCACAAAUGCAACCUGGGUAAUUUGACGGUGCCUUUGAGCAGCCUGUUGGCAGAGGAGGACAUGACGCUGACUCAGUGCUUUCCCCUCAAGAACUCCGGGCCCAGCUCCACCAUCAAACUGAAGAUGGCCCUGAGGAUCCUGUCCCUGGAGAAGCAGGUAUCCUCAGACCAGCCCUCCUUCGUCCAGGUCAGGAAGUCCAGUGCCGCAGCCACCCGCCCCCCCACCCCCUCCCAGAGACGAUCAGCCUCAGAUUCCCCACUGCCUCCACACACGCCUCCGCCACCUAUAGACGCUUCCACUCUCACCCUCCAACAAAGGGACGGCGAGCCGUACUCAGCCAGUACCUCCAACCUGAGCACCUGCAUGUCCAGCUCCCAGAAACACCUGCCUCAUAAGGAGUCCACACCCAGCCUGGCCUCGGAUAUCUCCCUGCCCUUCGCCACCUUGGAGCUUCAGCAUAGGCUUCGCCAGCUGCAGAAUGGCUCGGCCCCCAGCCAGUACCCCCUGGGUGAGGUCCAGCUGACUGUUCGACACAGCUCCCAGAGGAACAAACUCAUUGUGGUGGUGCACGCCUGCCGUAACUUGAUAGCCUUCACCAAAGACAGUUCAGAUCCCUUCAUCCGCCUCUAUUUGCUGCCCGACAAGAGCCGGACGGGGAGGAGGAAGACCAGCACGAUGAAGAGGACCCUUAACCCUGUCUAUGAUCAAACGUUUGAGUUCAGUGUAUCUAUGGUGGAGCUCCACAGGAGAACUCUGGAUGUAGCAGUGAAGAACGGAGGGAGCAUCCUGUCCAAACAUAAAGGGCUUUUGGGGAAGGUGCUGGUAGAUUUAAGUGGGGAGGAUAUAUCAAAAGGUUGGACACAAUGGUAUGAUCUGAGUGAAGAUGGUUUCUCGUCUCAAGGCUUAAGGAAUAUUCAAGACCCCCUCCUCACAUAGUGAAACCACCUCUCUGCUGUAAUAUAGUGAUCUUGUUAAUAUAAGGGCACAUCAUUUUGUUGCAUUCAUGGACAUUUUUCGUAUAGUUUACAUGAAUUAUUUCAGCAUGCAAGAAUUUUUGUUCAGACUUUUCCAGCCAUGAUUUCAUUAAUGAUGAUGAAGAUAAGAGGAUAUUGUAACAUAUUGUAACAUGUUUGAAACACACAAAAUGCCUUGUCUCUGUUUUAUGUAAAUAUGAAGUUGCUAAUAUAUAGUUAGAAGACUUUGCAGGGGUUUUCGUGGCAUUAUGUUUCCUCAACGGAAAUUGUAAUGAAAUCUGUCAGACUUGUUAUUGCUUUCUGUUCAAUUUGUUAAAAUGUGACAAAUCCUGUCGUCGUCUGAGGAAACUUACCAAAGGAACAGAUACAAUCACAAACGUAGGCUUAAGUAGCAGUCUUGACUUUGAUUUUUUAUUUUUUUUUGUCAUGCAGUGUUAUUUUGAUUGUUUACUUCUUAUUGUUCUUUAUGCUUGAUUACAAACAUGGAAUGCACAUAUGCAAAAGGAUAAAAUGAUUGCUCUGUAUAUUUUAAAAUGACUUUGUGCAAUAUUGGUUGAUCUGAACGUUGUCUCAGAUGAUGAAGACCUGGGGGCAUUUUAGGGCUAUGAACAAGUGCUGUAUAAUAUGAACAAUAUAAAGGAUACUUGAAUAAGGGUUUGACUUUGUCGUUCAGACCAAAUGUUGAGUCGAACAAAAUUGAAUAAUAUAAGCAGAGACAACAGUUAUUGCAUUUUAUGAGCAGGGAUUGCCAGAAUUUGUUAUGAAGAUGACACAGCAACGUCACAGGCUUGUACAUGCAGUCCUAAGUGUUUGUUGGAGCGUUUAAAAACUUUUUCUUGUUAUCUAUCCUGUGCCUUAAAAAAACGCUAUGUAAUUUUUUGCCUUCUUAAUGUUAUUAUUUUGAAUGAUGCCUCAUGGGUUUUGAAGAAUAAAUGGUUGCUCUUGUGAAA